GCAUCAGGCGAGUGAUACUUUGAAUAUUCAGACGGUUUGGAGAUUUGUAAACAAUGCACCAGCUAAGUAACACAAAUUGAUCCUUGAUCUGUCUGAAUAUGGAAGUAGAACUUACUUUUGAUGCAGUGAAUUCUUGUAACUUUGCGAGAAAGCGGCAAGCGGCUCAGGAGAGCUGUUCAGAAACACAAUCGAAGGUAAACAUUGAUGGAUACUUACAACACGUGUUUUGAGAAUCUUUUUUCUGUUUUAAUCUACUUUCGCUUUCAACGUACUUUACGAAUUAUUUUGAAGUUAUAGUCGUCCCAGAUUUCCAUGAAAAAUGCCAUAAUAUUGCAUAUUAUUAACAAUAUGAAAAUAAUUAAGUCACUUAUUCAGUUAUUCCUCCGAGGGGAUUUUUCCUUCGAGCCCAAAAAAUUGAUUAUUACUCUUACAGGAAAAUCGAUCGAAGGAGAUCGACAGACUUCCAAAGGACCAAAAACCUUUAAACCCUAAGGAUAACCAGCAUCUAACUUCUCGUUAAAGUGAUACUGCUUAAAAGGUCAAUAAGAUCUUGACAAUAAAGGAAAUGGUCGCCAACCUACGAUCGGAAGCUUUGAUUGUUAAACAAAUUUCCCUUGUCAGUACCAAAGAAAAUAUAAAUACUGAGAAUAUAAAUACUGAUGUUAGAGUGUAAAGAGUUGAUCGAUUCACAACCACCGUAAAAAAUAUAAUUUGUCUCUGCCAUAUCUAUAGAAGCGACCAUGUCUCGAAGACUGUUGCUGGAGUUUGGAUAAAGCUUGCAAUGAGGGAUCAGAGAACAGAUCCUUAAGUUGCACAAUGCCCAUGGUUUUAACACAUCAACGACCAGAUAAUAAUUGUCCAUCAUCAUCUGACCCUUGCACUACUUCAUUCACUGGACACAGCUACAAGGACAUUAACUGUAACAUACUGAAUCAAGAGAAUCAGUCGCAGGAAAUGGACAUUUCAUGUGAUACAACAACAACAACAAGUAGAGCACUCCAUCAGCAGACCUUUUCUGUGAGUUAAUUUGUGUUUUUGAAGGACGAAUAUGCUCUAGAAACCAUGAAAGAGUAUAUAUUGUGUACCUAUUGACUUAGGUUGGGCAAAGUCUCUGUCAUGUCAUGCAGUCUGAGCUAUGCUCAGUGCAUGCGUCAUGACCCUUCAGUAAAAUAUUUUUCAGUAAGUCAAUAAGCAAUUUAUCAUAACACUGCAACUCUGUUUCUUUCUUCCUCUUCUCUUUUGUUAUUCUUCUCACAGAGCUAUAUGCUAGACAGAACAGCUUUUCCUGACCUCCUUGUGCCAUCAUGGAAAGUUCUCAUAGAGAGAUUUGUUUAUGAUGUUUUUCAAUAAAGAGUGUGUGCAUUUUUCCCUACAAGCAGUGAAAGAAAUUUAUCCUGAUAUACAUGAAACAAUGGCUUCAUUUUUUGCACUUCUCUGGCAGGUCCCACCCAUCAUAGCUCAGUAUUAUUCAUCUUCAGCAUCCUGCUUUCGCUGCUUGAGAGGAGAAGCGGUAGGUCUUUUUAAGUUUGAUUUCCAUGCUAUGAUGACCACUUGCCAAUCAAAAACUGAAGGCAUUACAUUUACUGAGCAACUGACAUCAGCUGUUUUCAUUAAAACUUUGCACAGUUAUUCUGCAGUAAGAAAUGAUGUUAUCUUUAACCAAUUAGAGUAUACAGAUCUCUUUAAUUGCAUGAUGAAUUAUCCUAUUACUAAAUAUCAGUUUUAAAGAACAUUUUGGAAGCUUUUCAAGAUGAGAAAAUUGUAAAUGAACAUUUUAUCCUGGGAUGCCCAUUCUAGUCCCUUUUUCAUAAAGGCAGUAUUGCCUUAUCCAGCAAUGUAUUCUUCAAAGAACACCUCUCACCCCAAAGACAAAUUUUUCCUUUCUUCUGUGCCAUUCCCAAUUGAUAACUAGUAUUUUUUAUUUUUUAACAGGGACACAUGAACCACCUGACCAGUUGAUCAGCAGUCUUAUGAGCAUUUUGUUUACUUUGAUACUGACAUGUACAUAAACUUGAAGGUUUUUUAUAUAUAAACAUAUUCUCAUUCAGUCACUUGUCUUAUUUGGCUGUCUGGUAUUACUCAUUGCAAGACAAUUUUACUGUAAAUAAAACACAGAUGUCCAUGACUGAAUUAAAUAUACAUAUGUAUAUAUUAUGACAUGUAUGGUGAAGUCUAUGUUUACUUUGGCAUGGUGUGAUAUACAAGAAAUGGUCACUUUUGUUUAAAAUUGAUCACUGUUACCUGAAAAUGGACUUUAGUUUUCAAAAUGGGAUGCUGGUUAUCUAAAACAUUGGAUAAUAGUUUUACUAUGUACUGAAACAGCAGUUAAAGGUGUGCUCUGAUUGGCUUACAAACGUUGAAUAUCCUUUGCUGUUCACCUCCCAGAAACUCGUGCCAUAUUUGUGCCUGAAACUAUUGCAAUAGUUACAGUUUUAUAGAGUUAAAAUCUUCUUUUUGUGUGGUAUUAGCUCCCUGUUUUACUAAAACAACCAUUUGUAUUUAACCCUUAAAUCUGUGAGAAUGAAUCAAGCAUUAAGGUCAUGAGAAUAAAGGAAAUGAUCAUCAACUGAAGUGACUCUUGAUUUUUUGAACAAAUUCUCCUUGCCAG